GAUGUGGAUUCCGUAAUAGAUUCAUUAAUAGUGCCGAAUCUUUGUUUUUAGUGCGCGCUAAUUCUGUUAAAAAUGAAUUUCAACGCAAACAGUGGAAGCCGCAAUCCUUCCAGUGCAGGACCGAAAAAACCUAAACGGGUGAGCGAUUUAAACGCUAUGGGUGCUCCAGCUACUUUUGCACCCCAAUUCAACGCUUUUGAACAAAACGCGCCGCCAAUAGUAAACAACACUGGAUAUGGCUCUAAUCAAUACAUGGCAAGCAAUGACUAUGGUUUUAAUCAAUUUUCAAAUAUACCAAAUGUGCCACAAUCACAACCAAAUGUUUCACAACAUCAGCCUGUGAAGAAUCAACAGGGUCCUGACAAUGGUAGUUUCCCAACUCAGUUUUCUGUUUUUCAACAACCUAUGGUGCAAGGUAUGGCACUACAAUAUGGACAAAAGUUGGCUGAUCAGGGCAAAGAAAUUGUACAUACCCAUAUCGAGAAGUAUAUCCCAGUAACGAAGCUGAAAUACUAUUUUGCCGUAGAUAAUAAAUACGUGAUGAAUAAACUUCGCUUAAUUUUCUUCCCGUACACACAAAGGGAUUGGUCCUUAAAAUACGAUCAUGAUAAUCCUGUGCAACCUCGUUACGAUAUCAAUGCACCAGAUUUAUAUAUACCCACCAUGGCAUACAUAACUUAUGUGGUUCUAGCAGGCAUGGUGCUUGGAUUCCAAAACCGUUUUUCUCCAGAACAGCUAGGGAUUCAGGCGUCUAGUGCGCUUGCUUAUAGCAUUUUCGAGCUAGUUGUCUAUUCACUUGCGCUGUACAUUGCAAAUAUUCCUACAACUUUGAAAACUUUGGAUUUACUAGCUCUCACUGGCUACAAAUACGCUUCAAUUGUAUUAAUUCUACUGAGCAGCAUUUUCCUUCGAAAAUCAGGAUAUUACAUUUCCUGGUUAUACGCUAGUGCUUCACUGGCGUUCUUUUUGUUACGCACGUUGAAGGCCAAAGUUCUUUCGGAACCAGUUCAGGCCCAGGACCCACCCACAUAUGAUCCCUAUCGGCAGCAACAGCAACAGUUUGAACAUACUGUCGGUCGUAAACGGAAACUGUAUUUUCUAUUUUUAGUUACUGGGCUUCAACCGGUUAUGGCAUUCUGGUUUUCGAUGCACUUGAUUCCAAAUGACUCGGUGCUAAUUACUUCAUCAGCAUUGUAGAAUAAAAGUACUCAGCAAUAUGAAGUAA